AUGGGCAAUAAACUUAAAGGCCCUUUGCCUUUCCAAUCUAUCUACCAGAUAGUUGUGAAAGACAUAGAUGGGCAAGAUAUCAGUAUGUCUAAGUACCAAAACAAGGUCAUGCUGGUCGUCAAUGUUGCAUGUGAGUGAGGGCUUACCACAAAAAAUUAUGAUCAACUUAUGGAGCUUGAUAACAACUAUAGAGAGCGUGGUUUAAGCGUUCUUGCGUUCCCUUGUAACCAAUUCUUUGGCCAAGAGCCAGGGACUCAUGAAGAAAUUAAGAGCUUUGUCAGAGGAAUCGGUGCUAAAUUUGACGUUUUCGCAAAAAUUAAGGUAAACGGAAAAGAAGCAUGCGAUCUCUAUAAAUUUUUAAGACUCAGCUGCAGACUUAGAGGAAGUAAAAUUGGUUGGAAUUUUGGCAAAUUUUUAGUUGAUAGACAAGGAAAUGUAUUCCAAUAUUAUGGACCAAGAACAGAACCAAGAAAGAUCGUGCAAGACAUUGAAAGAUUGCUUUAA